AUGGCGAUAUCUGUCAAUGGCCUAAUUGAUGAGGUAUAUGUCCGCCAAGCUAUUGACUUCUUGUUGAAGGAAUGUCUACCGCCUGACGACUAUGAGUCGGAUGCCGAGCGUUAUGUUUUCCGCGAAAUUGUCGUGAAGGUGCUGUUGAGCAGCGUCGUGCCGAGAAUCACUGAGCCGUGGUUCAUCCAUAAACUUAUCCUGGAUCUAAUAGGCCCGGAGAAGGAUGCAUUAUCAGAGAAUUCAGAUACGCCUCGUCACGCAUCUUUAAGGCUCAACCAAACCCCACAACGCCGUGCACUCUCUUUUCAAUCACUUGCCAUCUUUUUCCUCUCUGCUAUUCAAUCGUUCUCCGGUGCAUGCCUGGCGCUCAUCCACGCGUAUAGGCAAACAAGGGACACGAUCAGAAGGGUCAACGUGAGCACCACGAGAUUUCCCCAUCAGCAGUCUCCGGACGCCACUCCUGAUUCUACACCACGAACGGAGCGAGAUGUCACGACUGAGGCUCCCACGGUAGCCUCUUCCGAGGUACCUGGUGGUCUGAAGAGCUCACUAUCACCAGCGAGUUUUACAUCCCCUCUUACACUUCCACGUCUGAGCCAACCCCCUCCUGUCUCCGCAAUUCCGCAUGACCCAAUAUCGAGGAGCACUUCAAGCGCGUCCACACCGUCCGCGGCCUCAUUCUCCGGCUCGUCGCACGCAAUACCGACACACCCACCCUCACCAUCAGAUUACACCCACCCUCCACUCGCACUCUUGCUCACCAUCCUCUUUCCGCCACCCACUCCACCCUCCACAUCCAGCGCUGGGCCAGGUACGUCGUCAAGGUCUACCGCGCUCGCACUGGCGUAUACCCUAUCGUUACCCCUGACGGCACUGUCCCCGUUCUUAUCACGUCUUUUACCCUACCUCCUGUAUACCCAUGUGCUCUCCGUUGAUCGCGUAACCGAUAUCGUGCGCAUUGCGCGCCGCGCCCUCUUCCCAGAAGGCUGGCCUAUACCGCCGCCAGUGGACCCUACACCUGAGGAACAGACAGCCCUGCGCGAAGAGCUUGGGCGGCGUCUUCUGGCGUCUGUGCCCGGCCCUCUUGUGGUCUUACUUGGCCCAACCCCCACUGCACGUUCACACACAAUCGAUGCUGCGCUCGCCCCGCUAUCUUCGCGAGAGUGUAACGCGCACCUCAUGCUGUUUAUCCUGGACCUUAUCCUCCUGACGGUGUUCCCAGAGAUGGGCGCGAGUGUGAGCGAGAAUACAGAUGCAGGUAUGGGAGGAGAGGAGAGGCUGCCGUAG